UUGCGAUCGUCCUCCUUGAUCAAGCUCCGUUAUCGCAAACAUCAAAUUUAUAAGUCGUGGAAUAUCUCUACAUUAUUGAGUUUGUAUUGAAGUGAUUCCUAAAUUGUUGCUUAUAAAUAUAAAAAAGGUUAUAAAACAAAGUUAUAUAUGAUUAGGAUUUUGAUGAACUAACAAAUUAUGUCGUUAUGCGUAUAUUUGUAAUGUAUGGUUUUAGUGCCGUAUAAAUUGUUAUUAUAAAUUAUAAAUAAAAAACAAAAAUUAAACAAUGUCUCUGUACGAUGAUUUUGAUAAACAUCGAACUUCGGACAAAGUUGCUGGAUGGUCGUCCGGUAUUAAAUUGUUGCAAUCACAGCUUCAAUUAAAAAAAGCAGCAACUACACAGCCAAAACGUGAACAAUAUAGAAAAGCAACUGCUGUAUUAGCACCAGUUAUUGAUUUGAAAUCAAAAACUAGAGAUAUCGAGAAGGAUGAUGAAAGUUUACUUAACAAUCCAUUAACAAAUAAUAAUACAGGUAGUAUUGGAAUUGGUAUUGAAUUUGAUUGGAAUGUUAUCAACGAAUAUGAUCCUAUGUGGCCUAAUGAAUAUGAAAAAGUCGUUAAAGAGUUACGUGAUAUUCGAGAUAGAGAGCAUGAUCAAGAAACCGAAAUGCGAAAAAGAAGGCGUGAUAAUACACGUUUUGAGGAUACCCAAGCAGCAGGAAAUAGUACUUUGGUACCUCCGGAAAGAGAUGAGGAACGUACUCCAACAUCCAGGGGUAUAGCUGGUGGUGCUGCUAUAGCACCACCUCCAUCAUUACAAGAAUGUACUGAACUUCCACCAUCUUCCCCAUCGCUAAGACAACCUUCUAAUUUGGGUUAUGCCACAUCGUCUGUCGCAGCUAAGAUAAUGGCUAAAUAUGGUUUUAAAGAAGGACAAGGUCUUGGUAAAAAAGAACAAGGAAUGUCUGUAGCAUUACAAGUAGAAAAGACAAGUAAAAGAGGUGGUAGAAUCGUUGGGGAAAGAGAACAACUUAUGCCUCCACCACCUCCAGUUUCUAUGUCUCCACCACUUUUACAACAGACAGCACAAGCACAGACUUCGCAAGAGGAACCAAGUAUUACGGAAAUCAUGAAAUCACCAAGCAAGGUUGUCUUGCUACGUAACAUGGUUGGACCAGGAGAAGUGGACGAGGAUUUGGAACCAGAAGUGAAAGAUGAAUGUAAUACAAAAUACGGUGAUGUAGCGCGUGUGAUUAUUCAUGAAGUUAUUGACGCAACUCCGGAAGAUGCAGUUCGUAUUUUCGUUGAAUUUAAAAGAAUAGAAAGUGCUAUAAAAGCUGUCGUUGAUUUAAACGGACGAUUCUUCGGAGGUAGACAAGUUAAGGCAGGUUUUUACUCUAGUGAAAAAUUGGACAGCUUGCAAUUAAUGGAUUAAUAAUAAAAAUAUUGCACAUAGGAAUUAUUAUAAUUUAUAUCGUAUUAAUCCUUUCUUGUUGAAGUUUGGGAUAUUUUCAGCUAACUUUUAUCACU